GCUUCUGUUAAUUUGGGAAACGUACAGAGUAUGCAUUAAAGAUUCAUCACAGAACAACGUUAUUAUAAUUAGUCAAUGAGUAAAUUAAUUAUUGAGCAACACGUUUUUCAAUGGUAAAUAUAUCUAAGAGUAUUUUCACCUUGGACGAAUCCACUGAAAUAAAUGGUGAAGCUUUGGAACUGGAUUAUUAACAAAUUUCAGUUAACAUUACGUGUCAGUAUUCAUAUUCGAGGAUCGUCGUGAACAGUCUAGAGUUCUUACAUUGUAUAUGUGUAUUAAUAUGUGAGAUCAGAUUCGAAAAAUGUGUCGUAUUUUGUGGAAGGAUAUUUAUAUACAAAAAGUCGUCAUGUUUGCAUUCUCUCUACGUUUUGUGACGUCACAGUGUUCUGAAGCGCACAGACAGGCUUGCUCAUACCCUUACAUUCAACUUAAAGCAAUUAGUUCCACGAUCACACCCUCGGAUAAAUACGUUCCCGACUACAACGAAACUACCCUCAGAAACGUUUGCAAUCUGUAUACAGAGUACAUAAACUGUUCCAAACCCUUUUUUCCUACAUGCAACAGACAGACGGUGUUACAGAUACAGACAUACGAUAUAACGCUAGGAUUAAUUUGUAAUGACUUAUUCAACGAUUUUUUGACCAACAGAAAUUGUUUUGAAAGACUAAAAUCUUCUUAUCAGUCAUGUAAAGACAAAGAAAUAGCAACUAUUAAUAAAGUAAAUCCAACAGUUCCGGCGUACACUUAUAUACUGUGCAGCGCGGCAAGAAAAUAUGCACUUUGUGUUUAUACGGCGACAGCUCUUGGAUGUUCAAUGCCGGCUGCUGAUGUAUACUUUAGACUUUUAAAUCACACAAUAUGUAGCAUAUUUAAUAUAAACAGAUACCAAUGUAUAUUACGUCAUCCCAUGGAUGAAAUAUCAAUAUAUACGACGUCACCUUCUACGGCGUCAACUAUUUGGAGUGCUCAAACAACUAUCGAUAAUACAAGAGAUACACCGAAACAUUAUAGAGAAGUGUCUUGUUCCGAUUGUAUACGUUGUUUUAGGGUAUUGACAUAUACAAUGAUUCUUUUCAUAAAUUUCUGCAUAAAGCUCAAUAUUGUAGGAAUUUGAGAUACUUUAUUGUGAUGGUUGUGAUUUAAAACAUUAAUGGUGCUAUACAUCAAAUCUCACGUAAUCCAGAUACAAUGAAUUCAUUUCUGUAGUUUAUAUUGUUACUUAAUAUGCUUUGAUAUUCGCAGAUUUCAGAUACUGAAUUGUUAUUAAAUCAUGUUUCCCAACUUCUGAGAAAUUAUUGAUAUAUAAUUCGAAAUUAUAAAGGUGCUAGAUUGCCAGUUUUUUUUUCAUAUAAUAUACAUCAUUAUCAACUACAUACAAUAAUUAGAUAUUAUUUCUGAUUUGUUCUAUAUUAUUUGAGUUAAGCUAAACUGGACAAAGGAUUACCUCAGCGGAAUUAAAGGAAAGUGAAAAGAAAGCACACUCAAGAAUUGCCAUAUUCUUAGUUCCUUUUCAGUGAUGUAGUAUAUAGCAAAAGAAAUAGAGGACGAAUAUUCUCAAGUAAAUCAGUCAUUUAAAUGCCAUUGGGACAUUUGUAUUUCUACUUUCCAAGAAAACUACUAGACGUGCGCUUUUGUGGUGACACAUAUUGGACCGAACGUUAACGAAAAAAUAUAUUUAUUUUAUAGUAGACAUGUCAACAGAAGUUAACGUCUUUUGCUCCGUAACACAUUGAUUGUGUUAAUGGACGAAUCUUCUUCCUCGAAAGAGACUUCUGGAGGUUGUGAAAGUAUUACUACCUUGUAAAAAUAUCUAAGUAUUUACUGCUCAGACGUACAUGACGACAUGUUCUCAUUGCGGCGUUUGAGUAGGCGUAAAAAGAGCUAGUAAUAUGUUGCUUCAAAUCCUACAUUUGAAUUAGUUUCUUUAUACCCAGUCACAUUUCCUAACUGCGAUUUUGAAGAAAGUUAUUCUUCGGUUUACAUGUCUUUUUCAUAGAACAGAAGAAAUAAAAGGAGGCUAUGUGUCACGUGAUAAAAAUACACAAAUUCUAAACUUGUCCAUACAGAAACGCAGAAUUGUCUUGUUGAUGGGUAUAAACCUUCUCAUUAUGGUAUCUAUUAUUUGGAGGCUUGGUUUGCGGUUUGUUCGAACAUAUGUUCAAAUAUUACAUAUGUGCAUAUAUAAAUACUUACAAGUAUUUAGAAUAAUGUCUUAUUUAACAUCUGUGAUCUUUCUCCAUAAUUAAUCGCCGUUUUACCUUAAAAGUGACGAUGCGACUAAAUGCUAUUGACAAACACAAACACAUCUAUACAUAUAAUUAUUUCGGACACAUACUGAUGUAAAAUAUAUCUUUUAUUGGCAUUGCGUAAACAUGUAAGUACUUUAUCUAACCAGAUACAGAUUACAUGAUUCUUGCUUAUAAAAUAAGACCUACCCGGUUUGUUGAACAAGGAUGGCUUUUGUAUGAAACGUAGUCGGUCUUUACCUAUACGCAAUUUGAGUGUUAUUCGUUUGUAAUGUAAUCUAUACACUCCACAAUAUCUUUUAAAGCAAGCUACUUUCCUUUUAAAUGUAUUUACUUUUGAGACGGUUUAUCGAUAGACUAGUAUGCCAAAAACGGUCACACUUUUGGAAACUAGGUGGAAAACAGGACACCUAUAUACCAACUAUCAAACAAAUUACACAUCGCCUUCCUGAACAAAUUACCUUUCAAAGUAGUCUAUAAAAUAUUACUCAGUGUCUGAUCCUUACACAAAGUAUAGCAAAUAAUAUAGAUUUGUAGAUCCUUUGGUAGCAUUGAAUGCAACCAAGCAAAGCAAUAUCCUUACACAAAGUAUAGCAAAUAAAAUAUGUUUGUAGAUCCUUUGGAACCAUUGAAUGCAUCCAAGCAAAGUAAUAUCCUUACACAAAGUAUAGCAAAUAAAAUAUGUUUGUAGAUCCUUUGGAACCAUUGAAUGCAUUCAAGCAAAGUAAUAUCCUUACACAAAGUAUAGCAAAUAAAAUAUGUUUGUAGAUCCUUUGGA